AUGCCGGCUUCCACGGCGGCUGCGGCGCUCGCGGCGGUGAGGGCGGCGCGGGAAUCUUCCGGUGGAGACUACGGCGCCAGCGACGGCGAAGGCAACGAGUUCUGCCCGUCUGAGGUGAUUACCAGCGGGAAACGCGGCGGCGCCGGCCGUGGCGGGAGAAUCCGCGCCGUUGAUCUAUUCGCAAGGCAGGCCGCCGAGGAAUCGACGACCACUAAGCACGACACCGCAUCCGCAGGUUUCGCGGACCAAUCGUCGGCCUCUAUUAGUAAAAGUAAGGCUACCACUAAAGCGGCUGCUAGAGGAAGCGUUAGAAACGGCUCCCUUCGAGGGUCGUAUCGCGGUGGUGGUGCAGGCAGGGCUAAGCCCAAGUCUUUAAAGGAGUACGAGGCGCAGCUGCUACUGCUGGCGGAGCGCCUUCGACUGGAUGAUAGUCCCGAGGACGAGCAGGCGGCGGCGGCCGCCGCGGCGCGGCUGCUGCUGGCGGCGGGGAGGAUGGGAGAUCCCGAGGCGAAGCUUCGACUUGCCGCUGCUGUGCUGGCGAGUCCCACUCCUGACGCUGCUUCGAUAGCGGAGACUGUGAAUGGGUCGAUGGGGGAUGAUGAGGAGCGGCAGGAGGUAAAUGAGGACGAGAAGGGGGAAGCGGAGGAAGGAGAUGGGGAAGUGGAGGUUGAAGAGGAGGAGGAAGAGGAGGAGGACGAGGAGAAGGAGAUGGAGGAGCCGGCACCAUCACCCUCAGCAGCAGCAGCAGCAGCAGCAGCUGCACGGCCGCCCAUUCCCCCCAAGCUUGCUCACAGGUUGCCGACCAUCCCCGCUCUUCCCGAUUCAUUCGCUGGUAGGCAGGCUACAGCUGCUGCUGCUGUUGCUGCUGCAGCUGCCAGCAAGCUUGUUCCCCGCAGGCCAGCCAGCCCACGGUCAACUAGCGGCGGCCUAUCCCGCCCGCCGUAUUUCCCCAAGUCCUCCUCUUUGAACAACGCCCUGCCGUUGCCACCCGCUCGGCUGCUCUCCACGCUCUCUGUGAAAGGGUCCUCGUCUUCUGCCUCUGCUGCUAGCUUUGCUGCUUCUGCUGCUGCUGCUUCGGGUGAUGGCGCUGGCGCGGAGGAGGCAGCUGCUGCUGCCGCCGCUGCCGCUGCUGCCGCUGCGGCUGUUGCACGUGCCCCUAAGACAAGACCAGCAAUCGGAGUCCCAAUAUUUGGCAACUUUGAGGAAGCCGACGGGUUCUCAGCAGACUUCAAUCGGGCAAUCCUGAGCGAAGAGGAGUGUCUGAGCGAGGCAACGACUGGCAGCAAGUCCAGCAACCCCUUAGAAGGCUCCUCUGAUUCCUCCCGCAACCUCAUUCCCAACAGCAGCAGCAGUAUCUCUAGUGCUGCUACCAACAGCACUAUCACCAGCGGGCCCCUGACCAUGAUCGUGGGGUGCAGAGCUGCGAAGGCCAGCGUAGGUGCGAGCAGCAUUCCCACUGGAGCCCCAGGGCAAGCUUCUGGCCUUGGGCGGUUGAACUGGCUCAGGAACUGGCGUGGAAAGAUGGGGAUCAAGCUGAAGAGCCGGGCGAGUGUGAUCGGCGGUAGCGUGAGUGCAAGGAACAGUGUUGGCGGGAAACCUGGCGUGGGUGUAAGGAGUGGGAGGGUUGCUCCGAGUGUGGUGGAAACGCGGAUUGCUGCUGAGGUGGAGGAGCUGGUAGCUGCUGCUGAGCUGGCGGUGGAAGCAGUUGAAGUGGUUGAGGCAGAGGCAGAGAAAGCUGGGGAGGAGGCCGGCAAGGUGGGAGAUAAGCAGGAAGGAGAGGCAGUUAAGGAGUCAGAGAGCUGUGCAAAUGGAGAGGAAGACGGAUGUGAGGAGAAUCCGAAGCAGCCUCUGAGCUUGGAUGAUGAGGUGGUUGUAGCAGCAAGUGCAGAGGACGUUGGAGCAAGUGUUGCAGGUGCAGAAGCUGGGAGUCUGGGGAUUAACGGAGCUGGAGACGUAGCAGGCACAGCAGUAGCCUCGGCAGCAACAGCAGCACGAGCAGCAGAAGCUGAAGAAGUAGUGGAGCAUGUGAAAGAGGAGGACACAAUGGCAGAUGCUGUGGCUGCCGCACAGGCAGCAGAGCUCCAGACAGAAAACAAGAUAGGGAGAACCAGCACAGGGUCAGCACCAGGGUCCCCAGUGGCAACCUCUCGUGGGAAGGUAGCCAUGGCAAGGGCUGCUGCACGGGCACUGCUAGCUGCAGCAGGAGCAGCAUUGGUUGCAGGCUCAGCAACCAAAGAACGAGUGGGAAGGCGAUGGGAGCAGCAGCGUCAUGCCAUAGGGCACGCUGCACACGCUGUGCUGAGAAGGCGGCAGAGGGAACAGCAGCCAGAAAACUCCAAUGCAAAGGCAGAAGAUCAGGGCAAAAGGCUAGGAACAGGAGGUCUUGAGGAGUUGCGGCUGAACGACAAGGUUGUGAAUAGUGCGGUGAACCUUGUCUGA